AUGAAGAUUUUCAACGCGCCGUGCCUGCAGAAAAGCCCUGCAGGGCCCACGGACUCAGCAAAGGAGACGAUUGCCUUUUCCUCCUCCACGAGUCUUCACGGGGUGGCACGGGCAACUUCCGCGCAGAGCCGGGCACAGAGGGCCUUCUGGAUGAUGGUGGUGGUGGCGGGCGUGGCCAUGGCGGGGUGGCAGGUGGCUCUGCGUCUCGCCGCCUACUACGCCUGGCCCACGAGCACCUCGCUCACGCUGCACUACGUGCGGGACCUCUCCUUCCCCGCCGUCACCUUCUGCAACUACAAUCGGACACCGAAGACGCGGCCUGUGCGUGACAGGUAUCGCCGCAGCUCUUUGCACGGAACCACGGAUCUGCUGGCCGCUCUCAGCAUCCUGUCGGCCGGCAUUGUCGACGAGUGGCCAGAGGAGGUGGGGGACGAGGUGCGCCGCUUCUGGGAUGAAAACCUCAACUUCAGCACGCGCACCUUCACGCGCAAGCACGGAUUUCAGCUCAACUCAGCCUCGCUGCUCGAGUGCAACUUUAACUCCAGGCCUUGUGGACCUCAGGAUUUCCAGCACGUGUUCACAGAAUACGGCAAUUGCUACACAUUCAACGGCGGCUUCAGUGAAGAACAAAGAUCGCUCAAGCAGAAGACAGCCGGAGCUGGGAAAGGCCUCCAAGUCCUUUUUGAUGUGCAGCAGUGGGACUACUGGGAGAACCCUGAGUUGGGCUUCACGGGGGUCGGGAUCCGUCUGGUUGUGCAUGACCCAGACGAGCCCCCUCAAGUGGAGGCGCUCGGUCUGUCCAUUGGCGUGGGGACCCAGGCGUACGUGUCAGUCCAGCACACCAAGAAUUUCUAUUUACGGAUGUUAAAAGUCCACCAUGGACCUGCACCCACCACCGCCCUCCCCAGUUUUUCCCCUCUUGUCUUGCUCGACUCCUUCACGCGCUUUCCGCUCCGGCAACUCGAAGCCUCCUGCCAGAGCUCCCUCCCACGGCUCCAUCCAUCAUUAGUCUCGACCACGAUACUGUUGCCAUUGAUGGCAUUUUGUUUGCCGAGUCUCGUCCAGAGCAUCAACCAACAGUACCCGUGGGGGGACUGCGACCCCAGCAAAAAGUUGCAGUCCCCGGCGCCUUACAGCAUGGCGCGCUGCCUCCAGGAGUGUGAGGCUGACUUGGUGGAGAGAAUUUGCGGCUGCAAGCCCUUCAACUUCCCAGGUGCGUGCACAUCACGCAGCACAACGACCACAACGCACGAUUGUGUGCGGUUUUUUUUUUACAGCGCGACAUGCGCCCAAAUGGAUCUAACUGAUGGCGCUGCUGAUGCUGCUGGUGAUGAUGGUGCUGAUGGUGAUCCUUAUGACGAUGCUGAUGAUGAUGAUGCUGAUGAUGACGAUGCUGAUUGGUCGGUGGCUGAACACUUCCGGGCUGUAGUUCUCUCGCAGGCGCAGGGGAUGUGCACGGGGGGGUCGCACUUGUCGCAGUGCCCCGUGCCGUGUCUGCACAAGAACUUCCCGUCCUCCGUGUCCUACGCCACCUUCCCAAGCCUGCAGGCAGCGCAGCGCUACGAGAGAUCCCUCAACUACAGCCUCGUCUACAUGAGAGAAAACCUGCUGUCCAUCGACGUUGCGUACACGGACCUGAAUUACGCGCUCAUCCAGCAGCAGAAGACUCUGCCAGAGAGCGUCUUACUCAGCGACAUAGGAGGUCAACUGGGGCUGUUUGUGGGCGCCAGCGUGAUAACCAUCAUCGAGGUGCUGGAGUUUGUGGCUCGCAGUGCCGCAAGAGCCCUCAACGCUGCCGCUUCCUUCCUGAGCAACCGCGCAGCCACCUGCACCAAGGCUGCGUUGUCACCUCCCGUGCAAGGCUAAAUGAUCAUCUCCAAUGUCAUUAUUCCCCACCGCUAGCGCGGUUCCAAUCCAGCUUGUGGACCGUGUCCAGGAGUGCCAUGGAGUGCACGUGAUGGCAAUUGAACGUGUUUUAAUUUUCUAUACAAGAACAAUCAACCUUGCUCAUCCCGUUACUUUUAAUACACUAGGUGAGCUACUGAGCUUGGGUUAAUAAUUGUAAAGUGGCCUUUUCAGUUAUUAAUUUCCGACAAUCCCCACUCAAUGAAAAUCAUCGUUGAUAAAUUAGUCAUAUAACCUAUGACCCUCAUUCAAACGCAUCUAAAACAUUGGUUCGUUUAGUGCUGGACAAUGAUCGUUUCACGUUGCUAAACAAUGUAUCCAGCGAGAAGCUACUUCCUAAGCAAUUCUGCAAUGUAUAGUCAAAUAAAGUUCCUUACUAAAAAAU